UUGGUCGGCCGCGAGGGACGCUUCCGCUUGUCCAGGUGCUGGCCUCCCCGGCUGGAAGAUGAAGAUGGAUCCCCGCUUCGCCGUCCGUGCCUGGCUCCUCUGCGGGCUGCUGCUGGCUGCGCUCGGCUCCGUCUGCGCCAGCGGCCCCCGCACUCUCGUGCUGCUGGACAACCUCAACGUGCGGGACACACACUCGCUGUUCUUCCGCAGCCUGAAGGACCGAGGCUUUGAGCUCACCUUUAAGACCGCGGAUGACCCCAGUCUGUCCCUCAUUAAGUACGGGGAGUUUCUCUAUGACAACCUCAUCAUCUUUUCCCCGUCGGUGGAAGAUUUUGGAGGCAACAUCAACGUAGAGACCAUCAGUGCCUUCAUAGAUGGUGGCGGCAGUGUUUUGGUGGCUGCCAGCUCUGACAUCGGUGACCCUCUUCGGGAGCUGGGCAGUGAGUGUGGGAUUGAAUUUGAUGAAGAGAAAACAGCUGUCAUCGACCACCACAAUUACGAUGUCUCAGACCUUGGCCAGCAUACACUCAUUGUGGCUGACACUGAGAACCUGCUGAAGGCCCCAACCAUCGUUGGGAAGUCAUCUCCAAACCCCAUUCUCUUCCGAGGAGUUGGAAUGGUGGCAGACCCUGACAAUCCUUUAGUUUUGGACAUCCUGACAGGCUCUUCAACCUCUUACUCCUUCUUCCCAGACAAGCCCAUCACCCAGUACCCGCACGCAGUGGGGAAGAACACGCUGCUGAUCGCUGGGCUCCAAGCCAGAAACAACGCCCGGGUCAUCUUCAGUGGCUCCCUGGAUUUCUUCAGCGAUGCCUUCUUUAACUCAGCAGUGCAGAAGGCCACACCUGGUGCCCAGAGGUAUUCUCAGACAGGCAACUAUGAGCUAGCUGUGGCUCUCUCCCGCUGGGUGUUCAAGGAGGAGGGCGUCCUCCGAGUGGGGCCUGUGUCCCAUCACCGAGUGGGUGAGACAGCCCCACCCAACGCCUACACUGUCACUGACCUGGUGGAGUACAGCAUCGUGAUUGAGCAGCUCUCCAACGGCAAGUGGGUCCCCUUUGAUGGAGAUGACAUUCAGCUGGAGUUCGUGCGCAUUGACCCCUUCGUGAGGACCUUCUUAAAGAGGAAAGGCGGCAAGUACAGCGUCCAGUUCAAGCUGCCUGACGUGUACGGUGUAUUCCAGUUUAAAGUGGACUACAACCGGCUGGGCUACACACACCUGUACUCAUCCACCCAGGUGUCGGUGAGGCCCCUCCAGCACACACAGUAUGAGCGCUUCAUCCCCUCAGCCUACCCCUACUAUGCCAGUGCCUUCUCCAUGAUGGCUGGGCUCUUCAUCUUCAGCAUCGUCUUCUUGCACAUGAAGGAAAAGGAGAAGUCUGACUGAGCCGGAACCUGGGGCUCCAUACAGCAGGGAGACAGGCAGAUGAUUUCACUGGAAUGCAUUGGCUGCAUUUUGUUUUGUUUUUUAAAGGCCAUGGGAAAAUGGCAUAGCCUUACCUCAGUGGGUGAUGACUAUGGGGUGGGGGCCAGGAACAUUUUUUUUCUGUUUAACUUUUCCCACUUUGAAUCACUCUGUGGCGUUUUUCACGUGUGCAGCCACCCUGUUUCUAAAUAAAGAGAACCACUGCCCUCACACUUCACCUGGCCCCAUCACACUUGAAGGCUGGGCUGCUGCUGUCUCGGGGUAACGUGCCAGGGACUGCUUGUCUUCCAGCUCUCAGAGGGAAGGGGGGUCACAGAGUGAAACUUGACUGGCAGUGCUGCACUAAGACUUGCUGCUGGGAAGACCCUUGAGGGACUGCAAAGAUGAUUUGGUUAAGAGCAAUGAUUCCUCUUGCAGAGGACCUGGGUUCAAGUCCCAGCACCCACAUGGCAGCUCACAACCGUCUGUAACUCCAGUCGUAGGAGAUCUGAUGCCUUUAUCUGGCCUCCCAGGUCACCAGCAUUCACGUGGUGCAUUGUAUGUGCAGGCAAAACACCAUAUGCAUAAAAUAAUAAAAAUCCUGAGUUUA